AUGUCUGUUGCUUCCUCGUCUACUGAUAGCCUUAAUAAGGUUAUAGACGAGUAUUGUGAUGAUACUAGUGAUAGGUCUAGCUCUAACAGUGCUAGUGAUGAGAGUGGAGGAAGCACGGACGAGAACUACUCUUCUGGGGCCCCUGGGCUCCCUAUUGAAGUCGUCCAAGAACAGCUUAGGAGAGCUUCUGGCUCUCAAGCUGGUUCUCCGUCCAAUCCUUCGGACGAGGUAGAGACCGUCUUUAGUUGCGCUGUAGGCGUCCAUUCUAAGACGGACGAACAAAGGUUGAUCAAGUCCCUAGCUUCGUUUGAUAGGAAGUGGAAGACGAAGUUCAUUUUUCUUUCAGGCUUCUGGGCAGGGAACCCUGUGGAUGUUGGCAGGGAUCCCUUUCCCCCUUACACUGGGGACCUAGGGAACCUUCGUCCAGAAGCUGCCAAACGUCCGUCCUUGAGCAAAUUUCACCGUGACCGCGUCCACAGGGCUCGUCUACACACAGAUAGGAGCUUCCAUUCUCUUGUCACGCUUAGACGUCUAGCCAAGUGGGGUUUAGGUCCCGAGCCUUCAGACGAAGCUAUAGCCCACGAAGUUACUGUGCGAAAAAGAAUGUCAACAAUGAAAGAGAACAAAGGGAAGGAAAUUGCUGGAGAAGGGAAGCGUCCUGAGGGUAUGGCCCAGGAUCGUCCUGAGGGUCAGACGCGUCCAACGGCUGGGGACAAAGGAAAAUUCUUGCCAAAGAAUAUUGACCUGGAAGGGCUCCCCAGUCGUAGAGACAAAAGGGUUAAGCAGGGCUCGUCCAAGGUGGUUAAGUCAAAACCUCCUCAGUCUCAGCCUGCCGUCCAGAUAGUCGACGUGGACUCGUCCACUCCAGUUGAAUCCACUCCGUCCAAGACUCCGCCCAGAACUCCUUUAGCCAAGUCUACUACGCCUGGCUCGUCCCAGCCUUCUACGAACAUUAUUGAGAGCGAAGAUCUGGCUUGGGAAUGUUUCCAGACAGCCGUCAAGGACGAGGAUAUAAACAUGUGCUAUAACAUGGGCUUGAAGGAAUUUGAACAUUCAGGCGUCCAUGACCUCUUCAAGGUAUGCCAGUAUCCCUCGUCCUUGUUCAGUUAUUAACUUUUCCUCAUUUAAUCAUUCUAUGUUGUUCUGUCUAUUCACAGGCCAUGUCAAAGUUUAUAGCAGCGUCUAGACAGGCAACGGAGCUGGACAAGACGAGAGUCUUGUUGGAGACAAGG